GUCAGGUAGCACGCAGUCAGCUAGGGUUGAAUUCCAAAUACCUCCACACUCCCUGUAUUAGUUCACUUCAUAGCCUGGAUAUAUGUAAACUGCAGCACUUGAAUCCCACAAGGUGGAUUUUUUGGAUGAAUAAAUAUCUGUUCUGUAGUAACUGAGUGAGAAGCUGAAAAGGAAUGGCGACGCGCAGGGAAUCAGCACAGCGGUGAUCUGAAACCAAACUCGGGAAAUUAAUCAGACCUGUGAGCUCUUCAUGCACGAGCCGCUUCAAGGUGAACCCAAAGUGCGUGUUCAUGAACUCAAGUUUCCUGGCUCUACCAUGGAGAAGUAUGAGAAGCUGGCUAAGAUUGGCGAAGGCUCCUAUGGAGUGGUGUUUAAAUGCCGAAACAAGGAAACAGGCCAGAUAGUGGCCAUCAAGAAGUUUGUAGAAUCCGAGGACGACCCAGUCAUCAAGAAGAUAGCACUGAGGGAAAUCAGAAUGCUGAAGCAGUUAAAGCAUGUAAACCUGGUCAACCUUCUGGAGGUGUUCAGGAGGAAGAGAAGACUUCACUUGGUCUUUGAGUUUUGCGAACAAACCGUCCUCAAUGAACUCGACAAGCACCCCAGAGGGGUUCCUGAGGUCCAGCUGAAGAGCAUCGUCUGGCAAACUCUUCAGGCUGUCAACUUCUGCCACAAACAUAACUGUAUCCAUCGCGAUGUGAAACCAGAAAACAUCCUCCUAACCAAGACGGGCGUCAUUAAGCUGUGCGACUUUGGGUUUGCCCGCAUCCUGACUGGCCCGGGUGACGACUACACUGACUAUGUGGCCACACGCUGGUACCGAGCACCGGAGCUGCUGGUGGGAGACACACAGUACGGCCCGCCGGUGGACGUGUGGGCUCUGGGCUGCGUCUUUGCUGAACUCCUUCUCGGGAGUCCACUGUGGCCUGGACGCUCAGACGUAGAUCAGCUCUACCUCAUCCGCAAGACGCUGGGUGACCUGAUCCCUCGACACCAGCAGGUGUUCCGCUCCAAUGCUUUCUUCAGUGGAGUCAGCAUCCCUGAACCAGAUACCAUGGAGCCACUUGAGAAGAAGUUCCACGUUGCCUCUCCUCAUGCCAUUACUGUGAUGAAGUCCUGUCUUGUGAUGGACCCUCCUGAAAGACUGACAUGUGAGGAGUUAUUAGAGCUGCCAUACUUCCAGGAUGAGGGUGGAUUCGGCUGGGGACGAGAAAGCGAUCGGCCCAUGAGGCGCCAUGAGAAAGGUGCCAGGCGCAGAGUGCCAGGGGCCCAGUAUUUGCCUCAACUUACCAGCAGCACCAUCUCCCCGGCACCUGAGCUGAAGAACAAACACAAGCCCAAGUAUGACCACCAUCUUCCCAACAUCUAACCCUGAAAGAGAAAUAAAAAUGAGGCACGGGGAUGUUACAGGGAUGUUAUGGACUUGAAUUUACAAUACACCAGUGAAAUCUAUAUACAAAUUGUAGUUAUGAGGAACAUUGCGAGAAGUGGCACUGCCAUAAAGUUUGACGUGGAUUUACUUUAAAAUCAUUUUAAACUCUUGAUAUACUGUUCGAACAUUAAAUGAAUAUGAUUUAGUCAGUAUAUACUCUCACCUCCAACAAUACUGUACAUCAGCACCUUAGCAGAUUGCCUUAGUUGAAAUAUUACUCCCCAACAUGGAUUGUAGCUCAUCUAGGUGUCUUUACUAGUCCUAGCUUUUUCACCGUUGUGCCAAAUUUAUCAGGGAGUAGCGCAUUUUGAUCCAAAAGGUCAUAUUCAUCUUUUCUAAUGCUUGCAUUGCUCUCAGACAGCAUUAAUUCAAAGCACUUAAAUCCAGUUUAAGAAUCCACAGCUUGAAUUUGAAAUGUUGCUCUUAUCUGGGACUUCAUAGCCUUUUUAUACCUUUAUGUGUAACUCUUUCUAUAAUUUCAUUUAUUAGUUUUUCAACAUCUGUCAUUUUGUCACUUGUGCAUGCCAUUCACAGGGUUGUGUGUUGCACUAAUACAAACUGUUCAUCACAUGUAGUGAGAAGUCUCUCUAAAACUCUUUUCCUUGCAGUUAAUACAAAUCAACAGAACCCCAGUGUGAUAUGUAAUGUGAUCCACAGACUUGAGCUAUUUAGCUCUUUGUUAGUGGGAAGAUCUCAUUUAUUAAAUACUGACAGGCUGAAUAAAUUUCAUUGUGUAUAUAUACACCUCUUGUUAACAAUGAAAUACAAGUUGUUGUUAUCCUUCUUUCGGCUGCUCCCUUUAGGGGUCGCCACAGCGGAUCAUCGGUCCUCAUAUUUGAUUUAGCACAGUUUUUAUGCCGGAUGCCCUUCCUGACGCGACACUCCCACAUUUUAUCAGGUCUUGGGACCCGCACUGGGAGUGCACUGUCUUGUGUAACCCCAGUGGCUGAGGUUGAUUCCCUGGCUGGGAAUCGAACCCCGGCCAUGGCGGUGAGAACACUGAGGCCUAACCACUAGUCCUCCAGGGACCCACUAGCAAUGAUAUACAAUCAAUCAAUCAAUCAAUCAAUCAAUCAAACAAUCAGUAAAUAAAUGAAUAAAUAAAUAAGAUAAUCUCAUGAAUAAUCACAUAAUUACUACAUUUUGAAACACUAGUCCCAAAUAAUCUGUGGUGUGAUAACAGUGUAUCGCAGUUAUCAAAAUGAACAUAUUCAAUAUUGUACUAGGAAAAUUACUAUGCGACUGUAUGUAUAAACAAACUGAAAUGAUUGCUGUCUGUCUAUAAAUGCUAAAGAAACAGUAAUGCCAGUUAGUUUGAAAGUUACAUACAGUAUGCUGCUUUCCGGUCGCUUUAUGUUAGCUAAACAUUAUUGACUUUUAAUAGUCUAUGAAUGCAAACAUGGCUGUUAAUAAAGAAACUGUUAGCUGCAGAGUUGUUGCGAAAAAGCAUAAACACAAAGUUAACUUCAAAUUUCAGCCAAAAUAAAGUACUUUAGAGGACUGUGGUUGCUGUACUGCCUUCUAAUUAGGACAAUGACAAAUUUAGGAUCUUAAUGGGUCUCAGGGGUAGUGAUAAUACGUACAGCAUUCCUAAAGGAGCUCAUUUAAGCCUGCCCUUCAUAACAUGCGGAAGUAUAUCUGGUUUCAGAUCUGGUUUUCAUGUAUUCAAGGCAUUGUCGUAGGUUUGUUCAGGCCCCCUAGUGGUGUAGACGCCGAUAUCUACAGUAGGAUUGUUGUGCAAAAAUAGCUUUCGUAUUAAGAAAAUAGCGACGAUGUCAACAAAAGCUGCAUAUCAUCUUUCAAAGUAGUAAGUUUUCUUAGUAAGUUCUGUGUAAACAGACGUGUCACGUCACGUGUGACUUGUUUACAGCUUGCAGGAACUACUGACGUAAUGUGGCCAGAUAUUUGGGACAUCGCCAACCAAAUUACCAGCAAAAAAAUCAUGUUACAACAAGGCAACAAUAAAAAAUAGCAGUUAUAUUGUAGUUUAUUUAGUUUGUUUAUUCAAAUUAAAGCAUUUUUUUGGUACAUUUUUGGUCAAUUUUUUCAUUUAAGUGAGUAGUCAUUGGUGUGCAUUGCUU